AUGGUCCUCCUCAUCAGCUGUGUGGGACCCAUCCACAAGACCAGCUUCAGCGUGGAGGCCUCGCUGUGUGUUCUGAUAAAAUGUCGCCCCGUUGCCUGUGACCCUGAGCCCACAGUGCACCCCACCUACCCACCUCCAGGAAUCCCAGAGGCUGAGGAGUCCCCCUUCCCACUGGACAUGCCUCCCAAGCGCCCCCUGGUGCCCCACUGCAAGGGCAGCCAGACUAGAGCUUCCCAGAGCUCUGCUCCUGUUAGGAACCCUCAGUGGCCACCACCACCCCCCUUGCCACUGCCCUGGAUGUGUGCUCUCGCACACAAGGGCCACAAAGACCAGGCAGCCGUCUGGUCUGAAGAAAGGAACCGCAAGGCUCCAGGGAGCUGGUAUCGGACUGCUGAACCCAUUCAGCCACUAGCAGUAGCUGACCCAAUGGCCCCCAGUUUGGCUCUGACCAUCUCCGCCAUUCCAGGCUCUGGAGGCCAGAAGCCCGCCCCUGAUUGGCCCCGCCCCAGCGACAAGACCACCACGCCCACUAUCUGGUCACGCCCACAACCAGACAGGCCCCGCCCCGGCCGCACCGCGCAUGCGCCGGCGUCUCUGGCUCGGGCCGGCGGCCGCCGCUCUUUUGUUUGCCCGCCGGAGCCGGAGUCGGAGCCGGGCCGGAGUCGCCGUCGCGGCCGAGCGCACCCGGCGGGCCCCGCGUCGACUCGAGCCGGAUCCCGCAGCCGGGGCCGAGUGGCGGGCAGACUCGCGGGCGGACGGGCGGACGAGUCAGGGCCCGGCCGAGCCGAGCGCGAUCGGACCGGGCCGGGCCUCCCGCCAUGCGCCCCGGGCCGCCGGCCCCGCGCCCCGCCUGAGCCCGGCGCGAUGGAGCCCCGCGGAGGCGGCGGCGGCGGCGGCCUGGAGGCCGUGGGCAAGUUCGAGUUCUCGCGCAAGGACCUCAUCGGCCACGGCGCCUUCGCCGUCGUCUUCAAGGGCCGCCACCGCGAGAAGCACGACCUGGAGGUCGCCGUCAAGUGCAUUAACAAGAAGAACCUCGCCAAGUCCCAGACGCUGCUGGGGAAGGAAAUCAAGAUCCUCAAGGAACUGAAACAUGAAAACAUCGUGGCUCUCUACGACUUCCAGGAAAUGGCCAAUUCUGUCUACCUGGUUAUGGAGUACUGUAACGGUGGGGACCUGGCCGACUACCUGCACACCAUGCGCACCCUGAGUGAGGACACUAUCCGGCUCUUCCUGCAGCAGAUUGCAGGCGCCAUGCGGUUGCUGCACAGCAAAGGCAUCAUCCACCGUGACCUGAAGCCCCAGAACAUACUGUUGUCCAAUCCUGGGGGGCGCCGAGCCAAUCCCAACAACAUCCGUGUCAAGAUCGCUGACUUCGGCUUUGCUCGCUACCUGCAGAGCAACAUGAUGGCGGCCACGCUGUGCGGCUCCCCCAUGUACAUGGCCCCUGAGGUCAUCAUGUCCCAGCACUACGAUGGGAAGGCAGACCUUUGGAGCAUCGGCACCAUUGUGUACCAGUGCCUAACGGGAAAGGCACCCUUUCAGGCCAGCAGCCCGCAGGAUCUACGCCUCUUCUACGAGAAGAAUAAGACGCUGGUCCCCGUCAUUCCUCGGGAGACGUCCGCUCCACUGAGGCAGCUGCUCCUGGCCCUGCUGCAGCGCAACCACCGAGACCGCAUGGAUUUCGAUGAGUUUUUCCACCACCCCUUCCUCGAUGCCAGUGCUGCUGUGAAGAAAUCCCCACCAGUGCCUGUGCCAUCUUACCCGAGUUCGGGCUCUGGCAGCAGCUCCAGCAGCAGUUCCACGUCACACCUGGCCUCGCCCCCUUCCCUGGGGGAGGUGCAGCAGCUGCAGAAGACUCUUAUGUCCCCGGCUGAGGCUGCUGGCUUCCUGCAUGGCUCCCGUGACUCUGGCGGCAGCAGCAAAGCCUCCUCCUGCGACACGGAUGACUUCGUUAUGGUCCCAGCCCAGUUUGCAGGUGACUUGGUAGCCGAGGUGGCUGGGGCUAAGGUGCCACCGGAUAGCCUGAUGUGCAGCGGGAGCUCACUAGUGGCUUCAGCUGGUCUGGAGAGUCGCGGCCGGACUCCGUCUCCUUCACCGCCAUGCAGCAGCUCCCCUAGCCCCUCUGGUCGGGCCGGUCCCUUCUGCAUCAGUCGGUGUGGUGCCUCUGUGCCCAUCCCGGUGCCCACCCAAGUGCAGAACUAUCAGCGCAUUGAGCAGAACCUGCAGUCCCCGCCCCACUACCAGGCUCCCCGGUCCUCCACCAUCCGCCGGUCAGGCAGCACCAGCCCCCUGGGCUUUGCUCGGGCCAGUCUGUCGCCCCCGGCCCACUUCGAACAUGGCGCUGCUGUGACCCGAAAGCUGUCCCUUGGUGGUGGCCGGCCCUACACGCCGUCCCCACAAGUGGGGACCAUCCCGGAGCGGCCAGGCUGGAGUGAGGCCCCCACGCCGCAUGGAGCUGACAGGGCCAGCAGGUCUCCAAGGGCAGGCUCCUCUGCACCGGAGCACUCACCGCGAACCGCUGGGCUGGGCUGCCGUCUGCACAGCGCCCCCAACCUGUCCGACCUGCACGUCGUUCGCCCCAAGCUACCCAAGCCCCCCACAGACCCGCUGGGGGUGGCGUUCAGUCCCCCUCAAGCCAGCCCACCCCACCCUGCUCACGGGCUGCCAUCCUGCCGGCCCCUGCGGGGCUCACCCAAGCUGCCUGACUUCCUGCAGCGAAAUCCCCUGCCCCCCAUUCUGGGCUCCCCAACCAAGGCUGUGCCUGCCUUUGAUUUCCCGAAGACUCCCAGCUCCCAAAACCUGCUGGCCCUCCUGGCGCGACAGGGUGUGGUGGUGACACCACCCCGGAACCGCACACUACCUGACCUCUCGGAUGCUGCACCCUUGCAGGGCCCACAGCUGGGCUCAGGCCUACGGCCCCCUGAGGACACCAAGGGCCCCUUUGGCAGGUCCCUCAGCACUGGCCGCCUCACGGACCUGCUUCUGAAGGCUGCAUUUGGGGCGCAGGCGCAGGCCCCCGACUCUGGUAGCACAGACAGCCUGCAGGAGAAGCCCAUGGAGAUAGCACCCUCUGCUGGCUUCGGAGGGAGCCUGCACCCGGGAGCACGCGCAGGCACCAGCCCCUCACCUGUAGUCUUCACUGUGGGGUCCCCGCCCAGCGGGACCACCCCACCCCCUGGCCCCCGUACCAGGAUAUUCUCAGUGGGCUCUUCCAGCUCCCUCAGCUCGGCUGGCUCCGUCUCUGCCCGCCACCUGCCUCCUGGUGCCUGCAGUGAGGCUGCUACUGAGGGUCCUGGCCACUGCUGCAACUUUGUCGAUCCUGUCACCGUCAACCUGGAGGGGGUCGUGACCUUCGAGGCCCCUGACCUCCCUGAGGAGACUCUCAUGGAGCAAGAGCACACAGAGAUUCUGCAUCGGCUGCGCUUCACACUUGUCUUCGUGCAGCACGUCCUGGAGAUCGCAGCGCUAAAGGGCAGUGCCGGCGAGGCAGCCGGGGGCCCUGAGCAGCUGCAGGAGAGCGCUGUGGCCGACCAGAUCAGCCUGCUGAGCCGCGAGUGGGGCUUCGCUGAGCAGCUGGUGCUGUACCUGAAGGUGGCCGAGCUACUUUCUGUGGGCCUGCACACAGCCAUCGAGCAGAUCCGCGCAGGCAAGCUCUGUCUGUCGUCCACUGUGAAGCAGGUGGUGCGGAAGUUGAACGAGCUGUACAAGGCGAGCGUGGUGUCCUGCCAAGGCCUGAGCCUGCGGUUGCAGCGUUUCUUCCUGGACAAGCAGCGGCUCUUGGACCGCAUCCAGAGCGUCAGUGCCGAGAAGCUCAUCUUCAGCCACGCAGUGCAGACGGUGCAGUCCGCUGCCCUGGAUGAGAUGUUCCAUCGCCGGGAAGACUGUGUCCAGCGCUAUCACAAGGCCCUGCUGCUCAUGGAGGGGCUGCAGCACAUCCUCAGCGACCAGGCGGAUGUGGAGAACAUUGCCAAGUGCAAGAUGUGCAUCGAGCGAAGACUCUCAGCCCUAUUGACUGGCCUCUGUGCUUGAUCCAGCUUCCAGGGUAGGGUCAGCACUCUGGCGGGCUCCAGGUGACAAGCCUAAAGCCGGUUACUGUCCAGAGGCCCCAGGGCAAGGACCCCAGCUUUGCUGGUGGGACUUGAGGGUGUUGGCGGGCCCUACACGGGACCGCGUCCCAGGCCGCCUCCCAUGCAGGUGGGCACGUGUUUGCGUCCCCAGCCCUGCAGGCCCUGCUCCCACGACAUCAGGGCCCUGGGACAGUGUUGCCUUCUCAAGCCAAAGCCGCAGGCCUGCCCAGGGCUCCACCCCGGUAAAGGCCCUUCCUCUUCCCCACACUACCCACCCACCCAGCUUUGUGAAUCACCGAGCACUUUACCAGGCAGGCUGACCGGCUCUCACUGGGCCGCGGAUGCCUCCGUGUAUACAUGCCAUAUCCUAGGGACACGUGCCAGAGUGCAGGUGCAUCGCAGAGUGGCUCUCAAGUCUCCAGGACAGUCCUCCGCCCACAUCUCCCUCACACUCGACUCCUCAGAUGUGUCUUAACUCUCUGCAGCGCUCCUUGUAGGAAGGAGAGGGUGGCAGGGCGGCCAGGCAGGCCUUGUCUGGGACAGCGGAAUGGUGGGCAGAGCAAGCUUGGGUGGCUGCCCAGGGCAGGCGGCAGCACCUGGCAGUGAGGGGAUAUUGGCGUAGAGACCUCAUAUCUAGCCUCCUCCCCAGCUGCAGUGACAAGGCUAGCAGGGAAACUGCCAAGCAGGUUGGGGGCUUUGUGGGCCUGCAUAGCAGUUCUGAGUGCCGAAGACUGUGGAGGCAGACCCUGCAGACGAGACAAGGGCUUCGUGUGUGCAGCACCUCAACACUUGGAGUGCUGGACAGAAAUAGGGCAUGUGUCCUUUUGGUCCUGUGACUGUAACCGACCGUAGAUGGGUCACGUUCAUUGCUUUACGGAAGUUGGAAUCCAGGGCUGGGCCUGGACCCUGCAUCUGCACUGUGCCUCCUGACCCUGGUCUUCCUGGAAAGGAAUUUUGUGAUUUCCUACCCCUUUUGUGUUGAAUUGUGUAAUAUCCAUUUACGGAAAUAAAUCUCUCGGAUUGACAACGGU